AGUCAGUCAGUCAGGCAGCCAGCCGCCUGACUUGUAGGAGGGACAGGAAAAUGCCUUUCUCUGUGGGAGACAUUAGCCCUUGUGAUCUCAUGAAUAUAUUAUAGAGGGUCAUUGUGCAAUGAGGAAGGUAUUGCUGAGCUACCAGGUUAUUAUGGCCUGCCCCAAGCACAGACUGCAAAAAGCUUAUUCUAAUUGACUCGGACAGCUCAUAGUUAGAUACUGUUAAUAAUUUAUAUAAUUUGCAAUAAAUAAGAGUAGCACAAUAACAUCUGAAGGGUUAUUUAUAGUAUACUCACUCCUCAAGAGGCUGGUGUGUGAUAACAAAAACAAAAAUAUAUUAUUAAUCUGCUCGACAACACGGUAAUCAAGCAGCCUUGUCUUGUUAGCCGGGACUGCGACACUAGCUAGCUAGCCGAGUGGCUAACCGUCUACAAUCAAGCGGCUCUUCAUCGUCUGGCAGCUGGAGCAGGCAAAAGUGAUGGAUAACAUGAAGAGACAGAGAGAGGCUGCACUCCUCCAUAGCAUGCACACUGCUGAGAUGCUUUGUUCUGCUUUGUACUGCUGCAAAUGGCUGCCUCUUGAGGACUGUGGGGGCUCUCUAAUGAUCCCCCCGUUCAUCCGAUGAACCCCCUCAACUCCAUGAAACCCUCCCUGCCUCUCAAUCCACAAAGCAGUGACGGCCCCUUCCUGAAUGACCCAGUCUCCUGGCAACCAGGAACCAAUCAGCAUCCAGGAUCUCUCUCUGUAGUAACCACAGUGUGGGGCGUGACCAAUCCCACACACAGUCAGGUGUUCUGUGCACCCAUGGGUCCGGGUGAGAGCUCUGGCGGUCACAUGAUGCCCGGUGGCAGUCCUGGUAUGGGUCCUGGCAUGGGGUCCCAGUUCAUGGGCCAGCACUCGUACGGAGACGCUGUCUCGAAAGGCUACGGCCAGCCAGUCAUGUACGGACGUCCCAACGCUGGUUACAACCCGGCCUCGGGCUACGGAGGAGGUUACUCUGGUAACGGUGGAGGUGCCGGUAUGGGCGUACGUCCUCCCUCAGACUUCACUCAGGCUGCUGCCGCUGCGGUAGCCGCCGCCGCUGCAACAGCAACUGCCACUGCUACGGCAACUGUUGCGGCAAUACAGGAGAAACAGCACCAGGAGAUGAGCUAUGGCCAGAUGGGUGGAGCAUCCUCUUACAGCACCCAGUUCCUGUCUCAUGCGGGCCCCCGCGGUCCUCCAGGGAUGGUCUCUUCCAGGCCCGGACCUCCACCUUCCACCGCAGGCCUGUACCCCACCCACCCUGCGCAGGCUCAGAAGAUGCCCCAGCACGGGGGCUAUCCCGGGCCACAGCAGGGGCUCAAACGACCGUAUCAUUCAGAGGGUUUCCCAGUGCAGCAUUACGGCUCUGGUGGGAUGUCGGGAUACCCUAACCAGCCUCUGCAGUACCCCCCUGGUCCACCGCAGCGAUGUGCCCCCUCACCCUCCUACCCGUCCAGUCGGAUGCCUCUCAUGGGGCAGUACUCUACUGGAUCACACAACCCGGGACAGUUCCCCCCUGGAGCUGGUCAGCCCAACCCUCCACAGUAUUACAAGUCGGAGCCUUUCAAUGGUCAGGGCAGCCUGCCAUCUGGAGGAGCAGGAGGAUACAAUGCCUUCACACAGGCUGCAGUCAACGGGCCAGGUCGGGGUGGAGUGAUGCCCGGAUAUCCCAGCUCACCCAUGGGAGGGAAUCCCACGCCUCCCAUGACACCCGCGACGUCCAUAACUCCAUACCUGUCCCCGGGCCAGGACACAAAACCCCCCUACCUCCCACCGGACAUCAAACCCAACAUAAACGCCCAGCAGAUCUCUACAGGUAACCCGAGUGACGACCUGCGUCUGACAUUCCCGGUACGAGACGGCGUCGUGUUGGAGCCCUUCAGACUGGAGCACAACCUGGCUGUCAGUAACCACGCCUUCCAGCUGAGAGACUCCGUCUACAAAACACUCAUGUUGAGACCUGACCUGGAGUUGCAGUUUAAAUGCUACCACCACGAGGACAGACAGAUGAACACUAACUGGCCUGCAUCUGUACAAGUCAGUGUCAAUGCAACUCCUCUGUGCAUUGAAAGAGGGGACAACAAAACCUCCCACAAGCCCUUGUACCUGAAGUCAGUGUGUCAACCGGGACGUAACACAGUGCAGAUCACAGUAACCGCCUGCUGUUGUUCCCACCUGUUUGUGUUACAGUUGGUCCACCGGCCGUCUGUCAGGUCUGUCCUGCAGGGUUUGAUGAAGAAGAGACUCCUGCCUGCAGAGCACUGCAUCACUAAGAUUAAGAGAAAUUUCAGUAGCGGUACGAUCCCCGGGACCCCUGGUCUGAACGGAGAGGACGGCGUAGAGCAGACGGCAAUCAAAGUUUCCCUCAAAUGUCCGAUCACGUUCAGACGAAUCCAGCUGCCAGCCAGGGGGCACGACUGCAGGCACAUACAGUGUUUCGACCUGGAGUCCUAUUUGCAGCUUAAUUGUGAAAGAGGGACCUGGAGAUGUCCUGUGUGCAAUAAAACAGCUUUGCUAGAAGGACUCGAGGUGGACCAGUACAUGCUCGGGAUUCUCGUCUACAUCCAGAAUUCUGAGUACGAGGAGAUCACCAUAGACCCGGUGUGUGGCUGGAGGCCGGUGCCUGUGAAACCAGAUCUGCACAUAAAGGAGGAGCCGGACGGUCCGGUGCUGAAACGCUGCCGAACAGUCAGCCCGAGUCACAUGGUGCUGCCUAAUGUGAUGGAGAUGAUCGUAGCUCUGGGCCCAGCGUCGUCCCCCUACCACAGUCUGCCUGCAGGGGGCAGGAACACCCCCGACUACAACCGGCCAGGGAGCCAGGGAUUCCCCGGCCAAGGAGGGUUCACAGACUUCCCCAACACUCCCGGCACCCCGACACUGGGAGAGUACGCCUCCUCCGGACCUCCACUGUCCUAUCAGUCGGAGCAGACAUCUCAUUCCGGACGAAUUGAACACGGUCAUAACAUCCUGCAGCAGCACAGCUCAGGUGUUCAUGGGAACCAGAGUCUCGGAGACGCCGGCAGUCCACUGCCGCAGCGGAACAUCAACGCCCAGAAUUCCCGGCUGCAGAACGAAGGCUCCUUCGUUCUGGGAGGCCCUGGAGCCCCCGGGGGAGACGGGGCCGAUCAUGCACUAGACCUUCUUCCUGAGCUGACCAACCCGGACGAGCUGCUGUCCUACCUGGGCCCCCCCGACCUUCCCAACAACAGCAGUGAUGACCUUCUGUCUCUCUUCGAAAACAACUGACCACCUUCAGUCAUCUUCCAGCCUCUGCUUCCCACUGUGCUGCAGCCCGGCCCUCAUUGGUGGUUAAAGCCAGUGCUGUGUGUGUGUGUGUGUGUGUGUGUGUGUGUGUGUGUGUGUGUGUGUGUGUGUGUGUGUGUGUGUGUGUGUGUGUGUGUGUGUGUGUGUGUGUGUGUGUGUGUGUGUGUGUGUGUGUGUGUGUGUGUGUGUGUGUGUGUGUGUGUGUGUGUGUGUGUGUGUGUGUGUGUGUGUGUGUGUGUGUGUGUGUGUGUGUGUGUGUGUGUGUGUGUGUGUGAUUGUGUGAGUGUGUGAGAUUGUGUGUAUCUUAUUUUAAGUGUCCUGCUGUAAAUUCAUUCAGUGCAGCAUACAGGAACAGGAGGGAACACGCUUCGCAUGAGAGAUGAUUAACCGUACAAACUGUAGGCACUGACCCUGCAGACCAGCAUUUUAAACUAUAGCACAAACCACAGGGUGAAGGAUUUAAAUAUACAGUAUUUAAUUCAUAGAUUGUAUUAGUUAGAAGUGGAGGCUAAUGGAAGCUGGGGUGUGUUUACAAGGACACAUUAAUACAGUGGUUCCCAAAUGAUUUUAUGUAUGCUUAUUUGCACACACGCACAUUCCUGGAAAAAUGACUUUGUAGCUCAACAGCCGGAUUUCAACUGUUUUCUUUAAGAUAACAGUUUCCAGAGUUGUAAAAUCCUUCCUCAAUUUAUAUUGAACAGCAGUAAACCCCUCCAAUACCCUACCACUUUGGGGACCACUGCAUUAAGGGUUCAAGCUUGUGAUAUUCUAUAGUUUUCGUAUUGUCAACGACUUCAUGACUUCCUGUAUGUGGUGCCAUUGGUUAUUACUGAGGAGGCAGAUUCUUGAAAGAUCCUUAAUUGUCCUUGCAAUUUAAACACAACAAGAAUUAGUGAAACACAAAAACAUCUGUAUUUUUAUGUUUUAAAGAAGUUAAGUUAUUUUUUCAAACGGCUGGUAUCUGUAGAUUUUAUUAAAUACAAUGCAGGCAAUAGGGCACUUAUCCACAUUUGGGUUUCUAUGAGUGAGUAUUUGGGUGUUUUUGGACAACAAUCGAGCUCUACAGCACAUACAAUAGUGUAUUGGGCUUUAGUACACACACAAUACUUGUUAGUAGAUAUAUUUUCUGUUGUUUUGGGGUUUUUUGACAAUAAAAAGAAUACAGAACAUCACCAGACUUUAUCCACAAUGAUGUAAGAUAAGGGCAGUGUUCACUUUUUUUUGUUUCUUUGUGAUCAGUCCGAUGGCAGAGGAAAAGAAAAGAUCCGAGUGACUUCCUCACCUAAGGACAAACUUAGCCCAGCCAAUGAAGGCGGGGCCCAGAUGUAAACUAGACAUUUUUUAAAUACAUGAAGUUUGGGAGCGCGCUGAGGUUCAUUGUAUCUCUGACAUCCUUCAGCACUGUGAAAUAUGUAAAAGCUCCCAUCUUUCCCUCGGUUUGUUUUCACCUUCCUAUGAAGGGUUUUUCAAGCAUACUGUAAAUGAGUACAGCUGUGUGUCGUGGCAUUUUCUGCCAUUUGAAAGCUAGUAUGUUUUUGAAAUCGUUUCACAUGUAUAACCCAUCAUGACACGGGUUUAUGUACUGUAUAAUCAGCUGUUUUCAUUAGAGAACGUGUGUGUAUCAAAUGAAUUGUUAAUCAUGGUAAUUUUAAUGUUAUUUAGUUGGAUAAUGGAUCAUUGUUGGCACUGUAUACAUACUGUAUGUUAGAAGAUUAUAAAGCAAUUGUAAAAAGGUCGUACUAAUGCAUGUAUGACAGAAAACAGUCAGCUGAUGCAGUUAAAGAUGCAGAGGAAGAAAUUAUUCUUAUUACCACUUUAUAAAGCUGACAUUUUUUUCUAUGAAUGAUCUCACCCUUUGUGGUCCAACAGGCAACAAGAACUAAUGUUCUUUGCCAAUUGAGCAACCAAUAAUGUUAUAUUUGGAAACUAUGGACUAUUUAACUGAAAAUUUGCUAGAAAAAAGGUUUUUUAAUAUGUAAACUAUUCCACAUAUUUUGUAACACAUUGUAAUUGCCAUUAUUUUCUAUUUAUUUUUUAAUCAUAAUCGUCAUUGUACCUACAGUUACCUUGUCCCUUUCAUGAAUCUCAGAAUCAGAAUUAAAAAUCACUUUAUCUGAAAAAACA